AUGUGUGCUCCUGUCGUGGGCCGUGAGAGGAGUCGAAAUGACAGAAAAGACACUGUCAACUUGACAACCGGAGCAGCUCGGUGAUGUUACAAGAUCAAACAAGUUGGUAGAAGCUCAGCAGAUGGGGCAUCCUGAUCAGAUAGACCGGAGAUGAGCUGGUCUUCAUGGACGACACUAAGAUAGUCCGGCUUUCCCAAAUCGGCUGGGCAUGACGUUUCUGAAAAUUCAGAGUGACAAACAGGGAUACUUUUUUCUGACUGAACUGACAGAGGCCUGUCUAUCAUUCCCCAAAUAUUCUCUUGGGACGUGCCCCAUCCUCUACCAACCUGGUGGGAACUGGAAAAUCGUCCGUCUCUGUCUCUGUACAACUAGAGACUGGGAAAGAUGGAGAUUAAGGGUGGAGAUGAGGAGAUUUGUCACAACAAAGGUAACAAACCAUCUUCAGAAUGGGGACUUACUUGAUGCUCCAUCAGGAUGGCCGAUGCUCUCGAGAACCAGGAUAGACACAAUAAACAGCGUCGAUCUGCACGCCAAAGUCGCAGCGCACCGCAGGGCUGGAACCAGCUCAGCCCCCAAACGGAAGCGCAUGAAUCGGGAAUGGGGGUCCAGAUCCAGAGUCCAGGCAUUCCCGGGUCGAACUUCAGCUCCUUCCCGGGGAAAUCCUAAUUUUAGGGGCGAAAGCUUAAAGAUGCGAGCGCAGAAGAGAAAAAGCAACACACCCAAGGGCAAAUUAAAAGGGAAAAAGUAAUUAAGGAAUAAGCGGCUGUCGCCUACAGUUCCGCACCCACUUGGUUGGGUCCACUGGCGGGCGAUAUAUCACUUCCAUCAUCUCCUUCUAGACUAGGUUCCUGGAUUAGCUUGUGUCGCGCUUUCCCAGACCCAGAUUUGCGGUUUGACUAGGAUAGGAGAUGGGCUGUGAUCGUGAGGAUGAUGUAGGUGGUCGUGUGCUUUCUUUUGCUUUUUCGGGGUCCGGCACUCACCCAUGGAU